AUGGAAGAUCUCUUUGGGCAAAAGUCGAAAGACGGUGCUGAAAACAGAGGCCCUGAAAGCUCGUUGGGCAAUUCGUUGCAGAGGCAGUACCUAGUGGAUUAUUGGUUAGAGAGGCAACUUUUGAAUGGGCAAAAGAUAAUUCGAAUGGAAAGACUAGAACAAAUUUGGAAUAACUCGAAAUCCGACAUGGUUAAGGAAGAUGAUGAAAUUCGGGAAAUGCUGGGAGAACUUGGACCUACCAGGAGGAUCAAUGCACUAGCUUAA